AUGUUGCUAGAAAGGAUGACUGCUUUGGUGAGUAAUCAAAGUGCAGAAGAUCCCUUUGAUUCCGAUGUUGUCUCAGAGUGUGUGGAUCUCACAACUUCAUCAACACCACCAUCAAAUCCUGUUCAUCGUCUUCAGAACACAGUAAAUGAGUUACGGAGUGCCACACCAGAAAGAGUGUUGUCAAUCUCACAGCUUCAAAAGACACUGGACAUGCUGCAGGGCAAUUCAGAGGACCCACCAACCACACCAUCUAUUUGUCAGACAGCAAUUCCAUCACUGCAGAGAACCUCUCUGACCACACUGCAGGAUGUGUGGGAAGAACCAGUAUCCACAACACCAGUUCAGCAGAUGCCAAAUUCCACCACACCAGUGUCAAGAUCUCCUCUGACAACUCUGCGUGGCAGAUUAACAGAAGUGCCACUGUCAAUACCAAAUCAACAGAAAGAAGCCACCAUUUCAGGAGCACAAAGAACCCCACUGACAAACACACCCAGAAAUUUUCCAAACAGAAGACAAGACUUAGUAGCCAGACCAACUGUGGGUGGUAAAUGCCCCAGACGAGUUCUACCACAGCCGCUCUCAAGUUCAGAUGAAGAAGAGUAUUGUCCAUCAUGCGUAACACGCAAAAAGAGAGUGAGGGAACUUGAAGAUCAAUUAAAGAGCUUGCAAGGUCAAGGUAUGUAUGAGGAAGUUUAUGUGAUAAUCCCUGAAAAUUAAAGAAUGAGAGUUAAAAGAAAACAAGCAGUCUUGUUGUGAAUAAAAAGAAAUAAGGGGUAUUAGAAAAAGGGAUGCACAUAAUCCAGUUAGUCUGCUUGGGGGCACCCUGUUUUGGUGGUGGAUCGAUCGAUCCACUGUCUGGUCUUUGUCCACUAAUUACAGUAAACACCUGCAUAUAAGAACCUACUUUUUGAAGUCUGGCAAAAUAGGUUCAUGUAUUUUUUGGGGUACGUAUUGCCAAUUUAGGCUAAGUAGGUUCUUAAUUUUUAUGAAGGAGAUAAUUGAUCAUUGAGUACCAGAAAAAUAAAUGAACUCGGUUAAAUAUGCAGUAUUUAUUCGUAACUAUUAUAACCUAACAAAACUAUAUAAUUACAUGCAAGGUGAACUUUCGAUCUUGUUAAUAACUAUAGUCAUUCCUAUCAUUAUUUUUAAGUUUCUGAUCCUCCAAGACCUGGAAAGAUCAGUCCCAUUCUAGCAGAACGCUUUAAGGUAAGCACUUCAUUCACCAUUUUAAUCACAGAAUGUGCAUGCUAUUGUAGACAAAUCAGUGUAAAGUUUUUGUGCAAAUCAUGUAGUCGUCAAUGGCUAAUUUGAUGUUUGCAAGAGGUUCGACCCUACUAGACCUAGUCAGGCUUACAGUUUAACCCAUUUGCUCCCAGAUAAUAUGCAGCAGAAAACCACUCUUUCGAGCCAUUUAAGACCUUUUCUGGUUCUUACCAGGCUGAAAAGGAUCUACAAUGUAGAUGUGAACUACCCGAAAGACAUACUAACAAUUCAAGUACAAUGCUGAUAGUUUCUGAUGCUAAAUUUUAGCAUUGAAGUUCAGGCAUCAGGUAAAAAGUUCACUGCCUCCACGACUGUUUUUUUUUUACUUUUCCUCGUCCUCACCUCUUGCUUUCCUUGCCCUUUUUUUCUUUUUUACUUUUGUGGGGCAUUUCCUUGGGCUAGUCCCUGCAAGCCACAACUUGCCCAAAGGGUAAACUGUAAGCUGACUUUCUUUACACGCCCUUGUUAUGUGUCAAAGUUGUCAAUGUCUUUUGAGCAUUUGAAAUGUGACAUGCGGCAGAACAUGUGGAAUUAUUAUACAGGCUGUUCAGGUGUGUAUGUCUAUAUAAAAUUGCUAUCAUAAAAAUAACAUGGCUGUUUUUUUUCUUCUUAAUUCCAACAGAUGGUAGAGUUGACUCCUGGUUCUCAAGUUUUUGUGUACCAGAACCAUAUUCACCAAGCAAUGGCCAGAGCGUCGUAUAAGUCAGCGGCAUCGUUUUUGUUAAACUGUUUUUACACAAACGACGAGCUGGUGGGGAUGAACCUGACUGGAGCAAAUGGAAAGAAAUGCCCAGACAAGGAGAUACUUCAAAGCAUUAUAGGUAUGUGUGCAAUAACAUGAUGACUAUGUAAAUUAAUAGUCUCUCAGAAACUGCUUUUUUUUAAUUUUCCCAUCCAUAAAUUCACUACUCAUGUUGUAAUGAUUUUUGACCCUCUUUACAGGAUUUGUCAUGAGAGAAUACCAAAAGCAUUCGCCAACUGAGUCCUCUCUGAAGCUGGCUUUAAGAAACAAGCUGAGUGCUUUGGAAUCAAGAAAGUUAAAGAAGGAUGAGUGA